UCGUUUUCAAAUAAUUUGUCUUUCCUCCUCGUACAAAUAUAUUUGCAGCUCCACCCACCCACCAUGAUGAAGGCCAUUAGUUCUUCUGUCUUCUUAAUGGCGGAUUCCAAGAGUAACCCACGUGUUUGCUCGACGUUCUUUAUUAUUGCAGCAUUGAUUUGCACUUCUUAUAUAAUUGGAAGUGCAUAUCUUUCAAAGAAUUUUACCCCAGGUUUACCAGAAUUGCAAAUGAAUGAUUCAAGUCAGAAUAGAAGGAAUGUAGAGUGUGAUUUGGCAGUAGUAGUGGAGACACCAAAAGUAAGCCCAGAUCCACCAGAUCAGAAAUGCAAGGCUGAAUGUAGCAGGCCUAUUGGGAGUGAAACAUUGCCCAAGGGAAUUCUUGUAACAACAUCUAACUUGAAUAUGCGACCUUUAUGGGGUCCUGUUGCAGAUAAUGUUUGUUUUUUUCUCUGA